ACGGCGCCGUGAAAGGGGGGGACUUUAAGAUCCGAGGGCGGGUCGGACGCAUUCGAGAGAGCGAAGUGGCAAGAGAAGGGAACUGCGCUAGAGGCGAGAGGGGCUCUCCAAAUGGCUUAGCGGGAACAAACACCACGCACAGGAAAAAAAAAACCAACCACAAAACAAAACGACACGAAAGUUUACGCGUCAAAUUUCUCGACUUUUGGAACCCCGCACUAACGAAAGAGCUGAAGAGCGAGCGAGUGCGUGCGUGACGCUGGGUGCCUUCUUCGUUCUCCCACACGUGCUGGGGCUUGUCAACGUGUGACACCCCCCCCCCCACUCCUAUCACGGAUUGACGCGAAGGUGCCCGUGUCUAGGUUGUUUUGUAAGUUGACGGCGGCGUAUGGUGCCAAGAAUCUCUCUUUUAGUUUUUACAUCUCCUUCUUGGCUUUUUUUUUGCUAAAAUAUACUGGGGCCGCGUGCAAUCGCUUGAGCCCAAACAUUUUUUUAUUGAAAGGAGAGGCGCUAAGAGCCGGGGGGGGAGGGCAUGGAUCAUAGCCGGUGGCCUCGUGCUUCGCUGGUGUUUACACUGCUCCUCACUCUCUCCAUUCAUGGAGGUGCAAUCGUCAGUGCAGGCGAGCCGGUGGAUCUGCUGAAAUCCCUCGACUUCGAGAAUCUCCCCGAGGGAAUUUCUCGGACGACGGGCUUCUGCUCGAAGCGGCGCGGUGCCGGUGCCGGCGACGUGGCCUACAGCGUCUCGCGCGAGGCGCAGCUCAGCGUCCCCACCAAGCAGCUCUUCCCAGGUCCCUUCCCGGAGGACUUCUCAAUCCUGGCCACGCUGAGGGCCCAGAAGGGCCUGCAGGCCUUCCUCCUGUCGGUCUACAACGAGCAGGGCGUCCAGCAGAUCGGCGUGGAGGUGGGCCGCUCGCCUGUCUUCCUCUACGAGGACCACAACGGUCUCCCCCUCCCGGAGAGCUACCCCCUCUUCAAGGGACUCAACCUGGCCGACGGAAAGUGGCACCGACUGGCGAUCAGCGUCCACGGCAAGACCGUCACCGUGGUGCUCGACUGCAAGAAGAGGCUGACGCGGCCCCUGGAGCGGAGCAGCAAUGCCGAGAUCGACACGGGCGGCAUCACCGUGUUCGGCACGCGCAUCCUGGACGAGGAGGUGUUCGAGGGAGAGAUCCAGCAGUUGAUGAUCGUGCCGGACCACCGGGCAGCCCUGGACUACUGUGAACGCUACAGCCCGGACUGCGACACCCCCAGACAACGAGGGACGCAGUCACAGGACCCCGGCGAGCGAGGCGGAGAGUAUUACGAAGGGGAGCUGGAGUACGACUAUGAAUACACAGACGAGAAUAAGGAAAAGCCCACAGAUGGAUUCAAACCCGUGGAGGGCAGCCCCGAGGAUGAGAGCCCCACCGAGUACAAGACCGAUGACGUGACGUUCGACCCCAUCGUCACGGCAACCAGCGACCCCUGGUCCCCCGUGAAGUCCGAUGACAAGAGCGACGACGAAUACGCCACCGGUGAGGACACCUACGACUACGGAGGCAAGGGGUCGCCAUCGACGCCGUUGUCUUCAAAUAAAACAGGGGGGGACGACUUCGCGGUGGAGUACGGCACCAACGAGGAGGAGCACGACUUCGACCGCUUGGACGACUACAAGGAUUACGACUACGGAUACAACCCCACGGCCGGCAGGGCCAAGGGCGAGGCCGGCGCAGAGCUGCCCAGCAUCAUUGAGACGGGGGAGGCCUUCGGUGGACACAAAGGAGAGAAAGGCCAGAAGGGAGAACCGGCGAUUGUGGAGCCUGGAAUGCUUUUUGAGGGACCUCCAGGCCUUGAGGGACCUAUGGGCUUCCCAGGUCCUCCCGGUCCACACGGCCCUGCAGGACCCUCCGGAGACCCAGGAGAGAGAGGUCUUCCCGGUCGCGCUGGGUUACCAGGUGCCGACGGACUCCCUGGGCCCCCUGGGACUGUCCUCAUGUUGCCGUUCCGGUUUGGAGGUGGAGGUGGUGAGGGUGGAAAGGGCCCAGCAGUUUCAAAUCAGGAGGCCCAGGCUCAGGCCAUCCUACAGCAAGCACGGCUCGCGAUGAGAGGCCCGCCUGGACCCCAAGGCUUGACUGGAAGACCUGGACCUCUGGGCUCGCCAGGAAUUCCAGGGCGGAAGGGAGAGUCUGGUGAUUUAGGCUCACAGGGCCCCCGCGGAAUUCAAGGCCCUUCAGGACCUCAGGGAAAGCCAGGGAGAAGGGGCCGCCCGGGCUCAGACGGAGGCAGGGGUUUCCCAGGUGAACCUGGCAUUAAGGGUGAGCGAGGCUUCGACGGCCUGCCCGGACUGCCUGGCGAGAAAGGAAACAGGGGUGACAAUGGACCACAAGGACCUCUGGGCCCAACCGGAGAAGAUGGACCGAGGGGGGAGACUGGAGCGACGGGCUCCGCUGGAUUGCCGGGCGAGCCUGGACCAAGAGGCCUCUUAGGACCCAGAGGACAACCAGGCAAUGCAGGACCUCUUGGACCGCCGGGGGCGGAUGGUCCAUCUGGCCAGAAGGGGAACGUCGGCCUCCAAGGUGAACCUGGUCCUCCCGGCCAGCAGGGAAAUCCUGGAUCUCAGGGAACCCCAGGACCUCAGGGAUCUAUUGGCAUCCCGGGAGAGAGGGGUCCCUUAGGGAAACCAGGACUCCCAGGACUCUCCGGAUCUGAUGGUCCCCCGGGUCACCCAGGCAAAGAAGGUCAACCAGGAGAGAAAGGGGGAGCCGGUCCUGCGGGAGCUCAGGGUCCCGUUGGAUACCCAGGUCCUCGAGGUGUCAAGGGAGCUGAUGGGCCUCGUGGUAUAAAGGGUGACAAAGGAGAGAAGGGAGAAGAUGGAUUCCCCGGCUUUAAGGGUGACAUGGGUGUCAAGGGGGAUAAGGGAGACGCAGGGCCCGCUGGCCCCCGUGGUGAAGAUGGCCCCGAAGGCCCCAAGGGCCGUCUGGGCCCCCCCGGAGACAAUGGCCCCGCAGGCCAGGCGGGAGAGAAGGGGAAGCUCGGAGUGCCUGGGUUGCUCGGUUACCCUGGACGACCAGGCCCAAAGGGCUCUCUGGGACUGAAUGGAAUUCCUGGUGCCAAUGGAGAGAAGGGGACACGGGGAGAAACCGGGAAGCAGGGAACCAGAGGUCAAAGAGGUCCCGGGGGGCCACGAGGAGAGAGGGGUCAAAGGGGUCCGACGGGGAAGCCUGGUCCGAAGGGAAACACUGGAUCUGAUGGGCCUCCAGGGGCAUCAGGAGAGAGGGGUCUCCCGGGUUCUCAAGGGCCCACCGGAUUCCCAGGAGCCAAGGGCCCCCCCGGUCCGAUCGGGAAGGAGGGCAUGCCAGGCCACCCGGGGCAGAGGGGAGAGAUCGGAUUCCAAGGAAAGACUGGGCCUCCAGGCCCUACAGGUGUUGUUGGACCGCCGGGGCCCACGGGUCAGACGGGCCAGAACGGUGAGCGGGGUCACCCAGGGCCUCCGGGACCCCCCGGGGAGCCUGGCCUCCCUGGGCCCGACGGGAAGGAGGGGACAAAGGGUGACCCGGGACCCGCUGGACCUCCAGGAAAGGAAGGAUCACCCGGCCUGAGAGGCUUUCCUGGCGAGAGAGGCCUGCCAGGCCCAGUGGGAAUCCCAGGCCUCAAGGGAGACCAUGGUCCUGCCGGUCCCCCAGGUCCUGUGGGUUCGCCUGGUGAGCGAGGGCCUGCAGGCCCAGCCGGCCCCAUCGGCCUCCCCGGCCGCCCUGGAACACCCGGGCCUUCUGGGCCCACAGGAGACAAGGGGGCCCCAGGCGAGAAAGGGCAGGAAGGCCCAUCAGGCAGAGACGGCAUCCAAGGCCCCGUUGGACUUCCCGGACCAGGAGGGCCUCCGGGACCUCCUGGAGAGGAUGGAGACAAGGGUGACAUUGGCUUGCCAGGUCAGAAAGGCAGCAAGGGAGACAAGGGUGAAUCGGGCCCUGCUGGACCACCGGGGAUUCAAGGCCAGAUAGGAGCACCGGGUCCCACGGGCGCGGACGGUGAGCCCGGCGCACGUGGAGCCCAGGGCCCCUUCGGCCAGAAGGGAGAUGAGGGUCCGAGGGGCUUCCCGGGGCCGCCGGGCCCCAUCGGCCUGCAGGGUCUUCCUGGAUCUCCUGGCGAGAAGGGGGAGACGGGAGAUGUGGGGACAUUGGGACCGCCUGGGCCACCAGGGCCGAGAGGGCCUCCUGGUUCCUCCGGAGGGGAGGGUCCCCCUGGUCCGCGCGGCGCUCUCGGAUUGAUGGGUGCCGAAGGCCAGAAGGGGGAGCACGGAGAGCCAGGAGACCCAGGACACCAAGGAGACAUCGGUCCUCCUGGCCUCCGUGGGGAGCGAGGAGACAAGGGCGAGGCAGGCCCCCCUGGAACAUCGGGGCCCCCCGGUACUAAGGGCCCCCCAGGAGAAGAUGGACCCAAGGGCAAUCUGGGUCCGGUCGGAUUCCCUGGAGAGCCAGGCCUUACGGGUGAACCCGGUCCUUCCGGAGUUGACGGAGCACCAGGUGAAAAGGGUGACACUGGGGAAACUGGAGAGACCGGCCCACCGGGUCCCUCAGGAGAGUCGGGGCCAUCCGGACCCCCAGGGAAGAGAGGCUUGCCUGGGCCACCUGGUGUGGAAGGCAGGAGAGGAGAAAAGGGAGGGAAGGGUGAAGGAGGCGUAAACGGGCCACUUGGGAAGACGGGACAGAUUGGGCCUGUGGGUCUUCCUGGGCAGCCUGGACCUGACGGACUGAGAGGCAUUCCCGGACCAGCCGGAGACAUUGGGAGACCCGGUGGCCCUGGUCAGCGAGGUCCCCCAGGCCCACAGGGCCCUCCGGGUUUGCCAGGACUGAAGGGCGAGCCAGGCCCCAAAGGAGAAAAGGGACACCCCGGCCUCAUUGGGCUCAUUGGACCCCCAGGAGAGCAGGGGGAGAAGGGAGACCGAGGGCUGCCCGGGCCCCACGGGAAGACGGGACCCAAGGGAGACCACGGAGUUGUGGGUCCUUCCGGCCCCCAGGGACCAAGCGGAUCCCCAGGACCUCCGGGCCCAGGAGGGCCUAAAGGUUCCAAGGGCUCCACGGGACCUGCCGGUCCUAAAGGAGACUUGGGCCCCCCAGGACCUCCCGGCCCCCCUGGUCCUCGCGGGAGCGGCCUCUUCUCACAAAGCGGCGAUCCGGCAGCGUGGAGGUCCAAGAGGUCGGCAGACGGCGGCAACCGGGUCACCCUGGACGGCAGCCUCCCGGCACCACCUCCCACGGGCAGCGACGGCUACAUGGACUACACGGAGGGCAUGGAGGAGGUGUUCGCCUCGCUCAACACCCUCAAGCUGGAGAUCGAGCAGAUCAAGCACCCCAUCGGCAGUCAGAGCAACCCCGCGCGCACGUGCAAGGACUUGCAGCUGGCCCACAAGGACUUCCCAGACGGAGAAUAUUACAUCGAUCCGAACCAAGGCUGCGCGGGAGACUCGUUUAAAGUUUUCUGUAAUUUCACCGCGGGUGGAGAGACGUGCAUCUACCCCGACAAGAAGUCAGAAGGGGCCAGGCUUUCUGCAUGGUCCGGAGAAACUAAGGGCACAUGGUUCAGUGAAUUCAAGCACGGUGGGAUGCUGUCUUACGCAGACGCAGAUGGACUCGCCAUCGGCGUGGUCCAGAUGACCUUCCUCCGGCUCCUCAGCUCGGCCGCCCGCCAGAACGUCACGUACAACUGCUACCUGUCGGUGGCGUGGAACGACCUGGAAGGCAACAGCUUCGACAAGGCGCUGCGCUUCCUGGGUGCCAACGAGGAGGACCUCUCCCACGACACCACGCCCUACAUCCACGCGCUCUAUGACGGAUGCGCGCGUCGCAAGGGAUAUGAGAAGACCGUUUUGGAGCUCAACACUCCGAAACUGGAACAACUCCCCAUUAUCGACAUUAUGUUCAAAGACUUUGGCGACUCCAGACAGAAGUUUGGCUUCGAGGUCGGGCCCGUGUGUUUUGCCGGCUAGCCUGCGAAUAAACGAAUACGAGAUAAAAGCAAAGGAACACAAACAAAGCCACAAAACAGUCUCCUACUUGCAAACUCAGAGCCUUUAUUAGAACGCCAAACAUUUUAUGAAAAGACGGCUAAUAAUUUAGCUACGUGACACCACGAACAAAAAAAAAAUUGUCCUCAGUUUUACGCAUGGUGAAAAGAUUGAAAAUAUUUACCGAAACCAUGUUCACCUCAACAGUCGAAGCGUCACAUGCAAGUUUUGAAGUCUGCACGCAUUUUUAGAAUUACCUUUUAUUUGUAUUAUGUUUUUUUUUGUCAUUCAUUUUUUCCUCGAUUCGAUCGAUCAUGUUUGUAAGCCACACAUUGCGUCUUGGCAAUACGAAAAUUCGGUAAGUUAGCAGGGAAGCUAUUUUUUUUUGCCUUUACAAAUCCAUAUCUUUGCCUCCUUCACAUUUUUGGGUGGCAUCCUUUCAACAUGACUCAAUCCCUUAAAUUUAAGGAAUAAGUGAUAAUAGCAACAAAAAUACUUAAUAAGUGGAUAAAAGCAUCUGUGUAUAAAUGAUGUCUUGUGUUAAGCAUUUUAGUAUAUAUUUCCAUUGUUAGUUAAUAAUGUUUUUUUUGUUUAUUUUGCUCAUUUUUUCUUUUUAGAAGUAUAAUUUUUUGUUCACAAAACACUUUCUACCUAAAAACCGCCAAACUCGGCAUGAUCUGUAAACAGUUGUGGCGUAUCAGAGACAGCUGAAAUUUUUUUUGGCAAAAUGGUGCUUUAGUAAUCUCCAAUGGUGCUGUUUUAAGAUUUAUGUUUGUUGUCUGUGUCAUUGUGAGUAAAUAUUGUAUUGUAUAAAAGAAAAAAAAUACCUUGUUCUCUUUACAUUUUUCAAAACUUGCAUGUGAUUUAGGGCUUUUUUUGUAACAUUAGUCUUGCCUGUACAACUCGGACAACUGUACAACCAUGCAAAAUAAAAAAAUAAAACAUA